AUGUCUGCUCUACGGCCUCUCAGACGCGGUGUGAACCUCCUGGGCUCAAGACCUCUCAGCCAGUCCACCCGUGCUGCUGCCAAUGGCUCCAGCCUACUCCAGCGACAGCUCUCCGCUCCGCUCCAGAGCCGCUGCUCCGCCGCCGCGGGAUGCGUGCAGCUUCCUCGAUUCACAGCCCGGCCCUCAUUGAGCUCGCAGAAUGGUGGUGUACGGCGGUAUGCGUCAGCGGCAGCUUCUGGACCGGUCAAGAAGACCCAAUUGUACGAUCUACAUGUUGCUCGGGGAGCGAAGAUGGUGCCCUUUGCGGGGUACUCCAUGCCCUUGCAGUAUUCGGACUUGAGCCAUGUUGAGAGCCAUCACUGGACGAGAGAGAAGGCCAGUCUGUUCGAUGUGAGCCAUAUGGUUCAGCAUCAUCUCAGCGGUCCUGGCGCAAUGGAACUUCUGAUGAAGGUCUCCCCUUCAUCACUGGAUCAACUCAAGCCCUACACCUCGACACUCUCCUGCCUGCUGGAGGAAGGCACCGGCGGCAUCAUCGACGACACCGUCAUCACCCGUCUCGACGGCGAUGCUUUCUACUUCGUGACCAACGCCGGCCGCCGCGCAGAGGACCUCGCGUUCCUGCAGGCCGAGAUCGAGGCGUACCGCAACACGCACGGCGCCGACAGCAUCAAGUGGGAGAUCCUCGAGGACCGCGCGCUCGUCGCCCUGCAGGGCCCGCUCGCCGCCUCCGUCCUGCAGCCCCUGGUCAGCGCCCACGGCGCCGCCUCCCCCGCUGACACCGACCUCAGCACCCUCUACUUCGGCAACUGCCGCUCCCUCCACCUCACCCUCCCCGACGGCACCCCCACCCCACACCCGCUCCUCAUCUCCCGCACCGGCUACACCGGCGAGGACGGCUUCGAGAUCUCCAUCCCCACCGCCAACCACCCCUCGCUGCCCACCCAAGUCACCGAUCUCCUCCUCGCCAACCCAGACCACGUCCGCCUCGCCGGCCUCGCCGCCCGUGACUCCCUCCGCCUCGAAGCAGGCAUGUGCCUCUACGGCAACGACAUCUCCACCGCCCAGACUCCCCCCACCGCCGCCCUGGGCUGGGUUGUCGGCAAGGACCGCCGCGACCCGGCCUCCCCCACCGCCGCCUUCAACGGCGCCGCCGCCAUCCUGCCCCAGCUCGCCGCCCCCGCAAAGACCCUCGCCCAGCGCCGCGUCGGCUUCACCGUCGAGAAGGGCUCGCCCGCCCGCGAGGGCGCCGUCGUCGUCGACCUCGCCGACCCCUCGCACCCGCAGAUCGGCGUCGUCACCUCCGGCCUGCCCAGCCCGUCGCUCGGCGGCACCAAUAUCGCCAUGGGCUAUAUCAAGCAGGGCAUGCACAAGAAGGGCACCGAGGUCGGCGUCCUGGUGCGCAACAAGGUGCGCAAGGCCACCGUCGUCGGUAUGCCCUGGGUCGAGAGCAAGUUCUACCGGCCUUCUUAG